CAACAACAGCGUCAAAAACGCAGCAUUCUAAUUUCUACCGUAGUACUUGUUCUGUGCGGCGCAACAACUCUGAUAAGCCCACAUACUGCUCAGCUGAUCGUGGUUCGUGACAUUCUAUGUUCCGGAUGGGCCUUGGACUAGGAGAUCGUGCGGUGGCACUUUCGCCAGGAUAUAAAUUGGACACACCACUAUGUAUGGCUUCUUGAAUUCAGCACCCCUCAAUGUCCUAUCCGGUCUUAUCAGAGUUUGAUAUCGUUUUUGCUGGAGGUGGUACUACAGCUUGCGUUGUUGCGGGUCGCUUGGCAGCAUGCGAUCCCUCGCUCAGGAUCUUAAUUCUCGAAGGAGGCCAACACACCCUCAAUAAAGCUGCGCAUGUUCAGCCCUACCAAUAUUUCACCCAUCAGGCGCCGACGAGUACCACGAUGACAUUCAACAUUGGAAAUCCCUCACCGAAUCUCAAUGGUCGCGCACCAAUCGUCCACUGCGCCCAUUGUGUUGGUGGAGGCUCAAGUGUGAACUUUAUGAAUUACACUCGUUCGCCUGCCUCGGAUUUUGAUGAUUGGGGAGUUGAUGGUUGGGAAUCUAAGAACUUGAUUCCCCUCAUGAAGAAGCUGGAGACAUACGAGGUGCAGCCCGGUCGUCCAUCUCACGGGUACGAUGGACCUAUCAAGGUGUCCUCUGGUGGGUGUAAAAUGGGUAUCAGCGAAGACUUCAUCCGUGUUGGCACGAAGUAUCACAAGAGGCCAUUUUCCGACGACUCGAAUGAUUUAGAAACAUGCAACACUUACAGUCCAUGGUUCAAGUACAUCGACGGGACAACAGGAACGCGUUCCGACGCGGCCCAUCACUAUGUCUACAACCAAGCUCACAACAAGAAUUUACAAAUAUGGGUCGGCAAGCGCGUGAAGCGUGUUAUCUUCGAGAACCAGCGUGCCGUAGGUGUUGAGUUCACCAACGACCCAGUGUCUUGCCCGGAUGCGGAUCAAUCAUUGAGCACUGUGAGAGCAUCAAAGCUUGUUGUUAUCUCUGCUGGGGCUUUCGGUUCGCCGGCCAUCCUCGAGAGGUCUGGGAUUGGUGCCGAGGCGGUCCUCAAGCGGUGUGGCAUCGAACAAUUAGUGGAUUUGCCUGGCGUUGGAGAAAAUUAUCGAGAUCACAAUGGCGCCUUUGUUCCUUACUUCGCUUCUGACGAAUCUGUUACCAUGGACAGACUCUGGCGUGGGGAGGAGAAUGUUCUACAGGAGAACCUUGCGAAAUGGAAAAGUAAUAAAAAAUCACUUAUUGCCCAAAAUGGGAACGACGCGAAAAUCAAAUGGCGUCCUGAUGACGAAGAGCUGAAAUCUAUGGGUUCAGCUUUUGAACCGCGGUGGAAGGAGUUCUUCCAGGACCGCCCGGACAAGGCUGUUGCAAUAUUGACCAUCUUCGCAGGAUACCUUGGGUCAAGUGGACUUGCUCCUCGCAAUUAUGUGACUGCCGAAAUUAUUGCACUUUACCCCGUAUCAGUCGGCAGUGUUCACAUCAAAUUGGGAGAGAACGGCAAGGAAGAAAUCGACUUCACUUCAGGCUUCUUAGACGAUCCAUCCGAUAUUGUACCUCUUAACUUUGGGUACAAAAAGCUGCGCGAAAUCUAUCGACGCAUGCCUUCCUACCGAGGUGAAAUCGCUGCCUUCCAUCCUCGUUUUCCAGAGGGAAGCGCUGCAGUUUGUGGAGAAGCGACCGGGCCAGUGGACUUGGAUGCGCCUGACAUCAUCUACACUGCAGAAGAUGACGAGGCAGUUGAACAAUUUCACCGUGACUACAUGCAAACGACAUGGCACUCGCUCGGGACUUGUGCCAUGAAGCCGAGGGCAGAUCAAGGAGCCGUCGACGCUCGGCUAAACAUCUAUGGUGUGACCAAUCUCAAGAUUGCAGACUUGUCUAUCGUGCCAGUGAAUGUUGGUACGAACACUUAUUCGACGGCGCUCCUCAUUGGAGAGAAGGCUGCGAUGAUCAUCGCUGAAGACUUGGGUAUUGGUAGCAGAUCAUAAAGGUCGUUGUGGGAAACUGCUCAAGCGCGUCUUUGCGGUGCUUUUAUUUGGCUUUUACCUUUCGUGAUGUGCAUGCUGAUUGAUCAUUGCUAUCUCGAGGGAUACAUAGACAAUAUGUACUAGUAUGCUGCAGAAUAAAUUUUAUGCACGUAGUUGUAUAUA